AUGACAAAUUACACAGUUUACAAAGAUUUCUUCUUCAUGGAAUUCUCUGACAGCAAGCAGUUCCAGGUGCUCCAGGGCUUUCUGUUUCUACUGAUUUACUUGGUGUCCCUCAUGGGGAACCUUCUCAUCAUCAUGCUUGUCACUGUGGACCAGUGUCUUCACACCCCCAUGUACUUCUUCCUGAAGAACGUGUCCUUCCUCAAUGUGUGCUUCAUUUCAGUCACAGUCCCAAAGCUCAUUCUCAGCUCUUUGUCCCACAGGAGUGCUAUCUCUUUCCCAGGAUGUGUGUGUCAGGUCUUGUUCAUGGUUUCUUUUGACACAUCUGAGCUUUUCCUCCUCAAAGCCAUGUUGUAUGACCAUAUGUGGCCAUCUGUCACCCACUACACUAUGACCAUCAUGAACAGGGCAGUCUGUGUGCAGACGGUAGCUGCCUCUUGGCUAUUUGGAAGUUUCCUUGGGGCCUUAUAUUCAUAUGGCUCCUUCUCUCUCUCUUUCUGUGGCUCCAGAAAAGUGCCACAGUUCUUCUGUGAUGUCCCCUCUCUACUGAAGAUUUCUUGCUCAAUGAUGCAUGUCACCAUUGACAUUAGUGUUAUCUUUGGACUUAUAUAUGGGUUUUUCAGCUUGGUCUCCAUAGGGUUUUCAUAUUGUUACAUUUUCAACACAAUGCUGAGAAUGCCCUUGUUACAGGGGAAAUCAAAAGCCUUUUCUACCUGCAUGCCCCAUCUCAUUGUUGUCUCCAUUUUUUCACAGGUGCCACUGCCUAUUUGA